AUGGCUUCCUCAACUGGGAGUAAGAGGUCAUCAUCCAUCGAUGAAAAAGCCAUUGUUGAUGAUGAUCUUUUCUCAAACAAAAACUAUGAAAAUUCCGAGAAACCUUUAGAAGAAGCAGUUGAAGCUGAAAAAUCAAUUGGUGUUCAAAAAGCCGAGUUGUUAGCUGAACAGUGGAAACACACGUUUUGGUAUAAAUGUAUUUUGCUUGCGGCUGCAUUCGUGGUAGGAUACGCUUAUGGUUUGGACUCUCAAACACGGUAUGUUUAUACUGGUUAUGCUACUGCUUCUUGGAGCGAGCAUUCACUUUUAACCACUGUUAAUGCCAUUACUGCACUUACCGCUGCUGCUGCACAACCUGUAUAUGCAAGAUUGUCCGAUGUCUUUGGUCGAUUGGAAUUGUUUAUUGUUUCUAUACUAUUUUACGUUGUUGGUACAAUUAUUGAAUGUCAGUCGCCAACCAUCAAUGCCUAUGUUGCCGGUGCAGUUUUGUAUCAGAUUGGCUACAGUGGUAUUAUAAUGGUUUUGCUUUUCAUUUUAUCUGAUUUUUCAAGUUUGAGAUGGAGGUUGUUUUAUUCGCUUUGUCCAUCUUUUCCCUUUAUUAUAAACACUUGGAUUUCAGGUGAUGUUACACAAGCAGUAGGCACUAAUUGGAAAUGGGGUAUUGGAAUGUGGGCAUUCAUUUUGCCUUUAGCUUGUAUUCCAUUUUUAUGCUGCAUGAUACACAUGAGAUGGCUAGCUGGAAAAACUGAGGCUUGGGCAAAAUUCAAAGAAAGAAAGACCAAAUAUCAAGAGCUCGGAUUUGUUGGAUUCUUCAAAUAUCUCUUUUGGAGAUUAGAUGUCAUUGGGCUUAUCUUAAUGAUUGUGGCUUUGGGUUGUUUAUUGAUUCCAUUGACUCUUGCUGGGGGUGUUAGGGAAAAGUGGAGACAGGGUAACAUUAUUGCCCCUAUUGUUAUUGGAGCUGUUUUGAUUCCGGUAUUCUGUCUUUGGGAAAGAUAUACUAAAGAUCCAAUCUUACCUUUGUCAUUAAUGAAAGAUCGUGGUAUUUGGUCAGGAGCUGUUAUCUCGUUCUUUUUUGACUUUGUGUUUGCAGUAGAAGCUAGUUUCUUGUAUACCGUGUUGAUUGUUGCUGUCAACGAAUCAAUGAAAUCAGCAACAAGAAUCACCAGUAUAUCAUCAUUUGCCUCAGUUAUUUGUGGCUUGCUAUUUGGUUUAUUUGUUGCUUAUUUCCGUCGUUUGAAACCAUUUGUUAUCUUGGGUUGUUCAUUAUGGAUGGUGGCUUUUGGGUUGAUGUUCCAUUAUAGAUCUACAUUAAGUGCCCACUCGGGUAUUAUUGGUGCAAUGGUUGUGAUGGGUAUCGGUACCGGCUUCUUUACUUAUCCAAUAACAGUCAGUGCACAAAGCUGUGUCAGCCAUGAGCAUAUGGCUGUUGUUACUUCUGCGUUAUAUACUCUUUACAGAGUUGGUUACGCUGUUGGUUCAUCUGUUGCCGGUGCAAUCUGGUCUCAAACAUUAUAUUCCAAGCUAACUCAAUAUCUUGCUCCUGACGUAGCCACCAGUGUUUAUACAAGUCCAUAUGCUUUUGCUGCAAAAUAUGCAUGGGGGACUCCAGAAAGAGAGGGCGCCGUUCAUGCUUAUGGUGAAGUGCAAAAGAUUUUGAUGAUUGUUUGUCUUUGCUUUGUUGCACCAAUGAUUGUUGCUGCACUUUUCUUGAGAGAUCACGAGUUGACGAGAGAUCAAUCAUUGGAACAAAUAGAAGAGAAAGAGAAAGAUGAUACUUUAACAAGCUUUAUCAAAAACUUUGGUAGAGGCGCCCACGAACGUGUAUAA